AUGUGUCAACGAUGGGAGGAAUAUGUUCUGCUCAUCGAAAGCCUUAUGAAGCUCAGCGAGCGCGAAGAGAAAAGCAGUGAGAGCAAAGGGAGAGACAAGAUUAAGAAGAUGAAGGACGUUGCUCGUGAGGCCGCUGAGCACCUGGAAGCAAUGGACGCCACCGAUUUCUUUAUGGCUUAUGGUGGUCUCAAAAUCGAACGUCAGAAGAAUAUCAAGAGAUCCGGCUUUGUGCUUCUUUACCUGGAGGAAAAUUGGUUCAGAAAAGCUGUUGUCGCUUACUUCAAGAAGAGCCCGGAAAUGGAGGUGGAGGCCAAAAAGCCAGCAAAGGGAGGUGUGCAGCAAAGCUUGGUCGUUGACAUCAAUGGCCGGAAAUCUGCUUAUUACGCAAAGGUCCUGGGUACAUUCAAUAAGAACUAUGGAACAUGGCCUUUUGACAAGCCUCCUGUCGAUUUGCGGGAGAUUUUUGUGUAUCGACUGCUCAGCUCGAUUGGAGUCGGAUCGAAAGAGGUGCACGUUAUACCUGAUGUGCCCAACUCUGGAUACGUAUAUUUGGCGACGAAGAUGAUUGAGAAUUUCUUCACGGCGGACGGGCAUACGGAGGAUUAUUUGCGAACUGGUUCGACAAAGAAUGAUAAGUCGGUAAAAGGGUCGAAGAAGAAAGCUGAAGAUCAGCUAGAUAUGCUUGGCUGGUUGUUACGCUUACACGAUCUGGGUGUCGAAAAUAAGGCAAACUAUGGUUUUAUCGCACGACUUAUGAGUGAUAGCUCGACCUCGUUCGAAUUGAGGAUUGUCGACUUUCGGGUGCUUGCCAAGAAUGCCAAUCAAUCUCCUUACUUCCCGAAGGCCAAAGAUAGCAAGAUGAAAUCUGAAUGGAAGAAAUUUGCCGAAGUCUGGAAGCUGACAGACAAAAUUGACGAAGCUUGGAAAAAAAUGGAGGAAGACCUUGCUAUCAGAAAGAGAUUCGAAGAGGACAAGAAUGCCUACGAGGGCAAGAAUCAACAGGACCAAAACCUCUUCGACUACCGCGACGGGGUCAAAGACAAUUUGCAAAAGCUCGUCAAGGAGGAACAAAGCGGCAGCGGCGCUGCGAAGAAGCCGAGAACCGAC